UUUCCCGCCCAAUCUUGCUCAAUCUGGCAACACUACAAUAAAGCUGUCAUAGCCCAGCCUGUAAAGGGGGAGAUGUUAUGUCAGUAGGUUUUUAUCUCUCUCUAGUUGUAUGAGAACGCGUUCUAUGUGUUCUAUGUGUAUUAUUCUUUAUGAAAGAUAACUUUACUUCCAGUUUUGUUGUUCGGUCUUUACGUUAUACACACAGCAGGGUAAGGGAUAGCUAGGAAGUUCAACUCUGCUAGUUAACCUACGUUAUCUAAGUAUGAACGAAGGAGAGGUUUUCCAUGAGAAGCAGAGACUGGAGCUGUGCGCCAUCCAUGCCCUGAACAACGUGCUGCAGGAGCGGGUGUUCACCAAGGAGACGGCCGACGACAUCUGCAAAAGGCUAGCUCCACAAUGUGUCGUGAACCCACACCGGUCAAUGUUAGGCACAGGAAACUACGAUGUCAAUGUGAUCAUGGCAGCGCUGCAGAGCAGAGAACUAGCGGCAGUAUGGUGGGACAAGCGCAGGACAGUACAGAAUCUCUGCUUGACUAAAGUCCAGGGCUUCAUAUUGAAUGUUCCUUCCCGGGUGUCGCUGGGAAUAGUGUCCCUCCCUCUCAGGCGACGCCACUGGCUAGCGGUGUGCAUGGUUAAUGGACAGUACUACAACCUGGACUCCAAGUUAAAGAAUCCCGUCUGCAUCGGAGGGGAGGCAGAACUAUGUUCGUUCCUCAGGGAGCAGCUCGCUCCAGAGGUGGCCGAGAUGCUUCUGGUCGUCCGGCAGGAGGUGGAAGAGGACGGCUCGUGGCUCAGCCCGGACAACCCGAAGACUGAUUCUCUUUGAGGGGUUUCGGGGGGGACAGUAGUACAUCCACCCAUACCCAGCAAGGAAGAGCUGUCGCUUUACAGUGAUGGGAGGGGUUGGGGGGGUAGGGACAUGCUUCAGAGAACUCUUCAGGGAGUGCACUAUGGAUAUGUUUGAAUUUCUGUGCACGUUCACAUUAUACACACACACACACACACACACACACACACACACACACACACACACACACACACACACACACACACACACACACACACACACACACACACACACACACACACACACACAGUAGAAUCUCCAAAGAGAAGCAAAGGUUAAGGCUUGCUUCCAACAUGAAGGACUGUUAAGUGGUGAUGGCAACUUGGUUCCAACCUGCGGGCGAAUGCUUUGUCCGCUCCUGUAUCUUCUCGGUACCGUGUAUCAAAUGGUGUACUCAAACUUGUGUAUUUUUAAAGUGUCGCUAAAGUAUGCCUUUUUUACGAUCGUUGAGCAGAUAUCAUGUCAUCCACAUUGUUUUUGCAUGCACUCCGCCCACUGCGAGUUGCUAAGAACAACGGGAACGUCCAUAUCAAGAGAAGUGACGUGUGAAAAUGUUCCAAGCAUCCUUGACCCUGACAUUUAUGUACCCAGUAGCAACAAACACGAAGUAGGUAAUACACUCUCUCACCACUUGCUACUUUCUAUGCACUGCAGAGCUACGCGGACCUGUUGGAACCGGGUGUCUUUUGUUUGUUUAUCAAUAUACACAGGUACUGUAAAGGCACUAAUACAACAUUAACAGGCUCAUAUUCGUAGAUCUAUGCAUUUCCAAAAGAAAGAAAUUGGGAAUACCAUAUUUUGUUACCAAUGUAUCUUUCAAAAGUUCCAACACAACUCAGAGGUUUGCGAUAAUAAUUAUUACAUUAAACAUUUUGUAUAAAGAAGUGUUCAAAUGAA